AUGUGUGACUUUUCAUGCUACGACGGGGUAAGCCCCGAGUGGCUUGCCCUCGAAGCAUCCUUACCGCCACCUGUACCGGAAUUACCGAUCUCCGAGAUGAGAAGUUUGGCGAACGAAGAACGAGAAGCUGUCGCCAGAAAGUCAAUGAUGAAACUCGCGCCUCAACUACGGAUACAGAAUCACACCAUACCUUCUCGUGAUGGAAGCAUCAUACCAGCACGGAGUUACCGGCCAGUCGAUGCACCAGAAAAAGCCUUGCUCCCAUUGUAUAUACACUUCCAGGGCGGUGGAUUUAUGUUUGGCACGCUGGAUGCUGAGGGUGCGAUAUGUGCACGUAUAGCCGUCGAGUCGGAUGUGGCUGUUCUGAACGUUGAUUACAGACAUACGCCGGAGUUUACAUAUCCCACGCAAUGGAAUGAUGCAGAAGAUGCCUUUGAGUGGGCUCAUGACAACAUGGAUAUGAUGUUCUGGGACCCGGACAGAGUCAUUAUUGGUGGAAUAUCGGCUGGUGCUUGGUUAUCUGCGUCUUUCGCCUUACAAAAACAUCUCAAUCGUACAACAGAGAAAAGACCUCCCAUCGCAGGCCAAGUUCUCAUGAUACCAUGUCUGGCACACCUUGAUUGCUAUGAGCCCCAGCUGAGAAAGAUGAAAAGCGAGUCUAUCUCAUCUUAUAAGACAAAUGUUGCAGCACCGAUGCUUACCGUUGAGGAACUCCGCUGGUUCACAAAUUUGCUGAAGAUCGAGAACCCGGAUGUUAAUGAUUUAAAGAUUAACCCGGGGAAUGCGUCGCCAGAACAAGUAAAAGGCAUGCCUCCUACUGUUCUUGGCGUAGUAGGCCUGGAUCCUCUUCGAGACGAAGCUCUUCUUUAUGGGAAGAUGUUGGCAGAAGCUGGUGUUCCCACAGAUGUCAACCUGUUCUUGGGGCUGCCCCAUGGUUUUAGAUCGCAUGAGGAGAAAUUAUCGGCGUACAAUAGAUGGGAUAAGGUCAUAGAAGAUGGCAUUGGCUGGAUUUUAUCAAAGCCUGUAUGUAGCGAGUUUCAUGUAAAGACAUAA